AAAUUGAAUCUUUUUUUCUCUCUCUCUCUCCACGCGCUUUUCCGCCGUCUUCCAGAAGGAAAAAGAAAAGGAAACGGAAAGGCCUUGGCCCUCCGAUUUUCUGUUAUAAUAUUUUCAGCCGUCCAUCUCCCCGAUUUCCAUAUUUUCCGCCUCUGCGAGACGUCUCGUAUAUAUCCUCCCUCCAUCCCCAGAUUUUCCGCCUGUGGGUUCUGGUUCUUGCUCACAGAUAACAGCGAAGGUCCGCCUGUAAUUUAUCCGUUCUCUGUUGCUCCGCGUCAUUAUUAGUUUCCCCCUUUUUUUAUCUUUUCCUCCUCCCCUCUUUAAAUAUUGCGUUUCCGGCUCAUCGGUUUCUCAGAAAAAAAAAUCUUCUUCUUCUAGUCUUCCACUGAUUUUGGGUGAUCGUCUGCGUCGGAUCGUUGGGAUCCCAUUUUUCGUGUUGAUUCUUCAUUUUUACUGGUUUUCUCUUUAUUUACUGAUUUGGGUGGCGAAUUCGGGUGUGAUUGUCGGGAUUUGGGGCGUCCAAGGAUUCAGGGGUCUUGUUUCUUAAAAGGGUAUUUAUUCUUCUUCCGGGUUUUGUUCAAAAAUUGUGUGAGUGGUGAGGAAUCAUGGAGGUUUCAGUGAUCGGAAGCUCGCAGGUUCCCGUCGGGAGAAAGAAUCAGGUUCUUCCGAAGUCGGAAAUUGUUGGGCGCUGCAGAGAGCUGGGAUUCUUGAAGGGGACGACCAGCCGGGCUGGGUUCGGCCUUGGCCUCACGGCCGAUUUGAGGAGGAGGAGGAAGGUGGGUGUUCCGGUGGUGGCCGCCUCCGGAGCGGGGAAGGUCCUCGUCGGCAAAGAAGGCGCGAGGCGUUGUCAAGAGAAGAAGAGCGGCCGAGUACCAUUAUAUGUAGCUCUUCCUCUAGAUGCUGUCUCGGACAACACCACCUUGAACCAUACUAAGGCCAUCGCCACUGGACUGAAGGCCCUGAAACUUCUUGGGGUCACAGGUGUUUCUCUUCCAGUAUGGUGGGGCAUUGUUGAGAAUGAAGAAGCUGGAAAAUAUAACUGGUCUGCAUAUCAGUCCCUUGCUGAGAUGAUCCGCAAUGCCGGACUCAAACUCAGAGUCUCCAUCUGUUUCCAUGCUACAUCAAAUAUCUCGCUUCCUCCAUGGGUUAUUAAGAUUGGAGAAAGCGACCCUGAUAUUUUUUUCAAGGAUCGUGCAGGCAAGUGGUACAAGAACUGCUUGUCUUUGGCAGCUGACGACCUUCCGGUGCUUGCAGGAAGGUCUCCUAUGCAAGUCUAUGAACAAUUCCUCUCUGAAUUCAAGUCUUCAUUCUCAGGCUUCCUCGGCGGCACAAUCACAGACAUAUCGGUGAGCCUUGGUCCGAAUGGUGAACUUCGGUACCCUUCCUUCCCUGAGAGCAGCCGGAGCAAGAUUCAGGGCGUCGGAGAAUUUCAGUGUUAUGACAAAUACAUGCUUGCGAACCUGAAGCAACAUGCUGAAAGUUCCGGCAAGCGCGAUUGGGGCCAUUCCGGCCCCCACGAUGCACCUAGCUACCACCAUUGGCCACAGACCAACAACUUCUUCAAGGACUCCGGCGGUUCCUGGGAAACAGAAUAUGGCAAUUUUUUCCUCACCUGGUAUUCAGGCCAGCUGACGGCUCAUGGUGACCGAGUCCUCUCUCUUGCCUCAAGAGUUUUCUGUGAUUGCCCUGUAACCAUCUCCGGCAAGGUCCCGCUUGUGUAUAGUUGGUACAAGACUCGAUCCCAUGCUGCUGAACUGACUGCAGGAUUGUACAACACUGACAAGAGAAAUGGCUAUGACGCCAUUGCCAAAAUGUUUGCUGCAAAUUCUGCUACAUUGGUGUUACCAGGGAUGGAUCUCUCCGAUGCCCAUCGACCUGCAGAAGCCUUGUCAAGCCCGGAGUCGGUCAUCUCACAGAUAGAAGCAGCGUGUCUGGAGAAUGGUGUGCCCAUUGCUGGGGAGAACACGCCGGCUUCGAGCGUACCGGAUAAUUUCACCAGGAUUAAAGAGAAUAUGAAGAAUGGUAGGUCUUGCUUAGAAGCGUUCAACUAUUAUAGGAUGGGUGCACACUUCUUCUCGCCCGAGCACUGGCCGAAGUUCACAGAAUUCUUCCGGGGCCUCGAGUUGCCUGAAAAGGAUUCCGACGAUCUCCCAGACAAAGAGGGGAGCCUGUCUUUCACUAAUGUUGGUGCUGCUGCUGCUGAGCCGGAGAAGACAUUACAGAUGCAAGCAUGAAGAGACUAUUUUAACUUUCUUCAUGUAAAUACUAUGUAUGUAGCUGGGGAUGCUAUUUUAUGACAAUUUAGGAAUCCCUGUAAAUGCCGUCGAGAUGGAACCACCGGAAAAUUUUUCAUUCCUUAUUUGUAGAAUGUAGGAUUAAAAUGAAACUGUAUGCCAUUGUCCAAUUAUAGAAUCAAAUAUACUGAGUUAAGUUUGCUGCU